AAAAGUCGCCAUUUCUAUCUCUCUCUCCUCUCUAUUCUCUCUCUCUAUCUUUCUUGCUUCAUCUUCAUUGAUCGUCAUCUAAAAUGGCGAGAACUAGAAACCCCAUGUUGUUUUGUCUCGGAUUUCUUAAGGUUUUUGUUGAAUUUUGAUUAAAAGUACACAGCCUUCUUUCUUCUUCUUCUACUCUCUCUGCAAAAUAUCUAAAAGCUUCUUCCUUUUUUUAAUAUCGUCUUCUCUCCUUGAAAUGCGUAUUCAUAGCUUGUGGGUGAUAGUCAUCUUCUUCACAGAGCUACUAUGCUUCUGUGCCUCGGAAGCUCAGACCCUCACGUGCCACCCACGUGACCUCGAGGCCUUGCGUGACUUCAUAGCCAAUCUCGAACCAAAACCAGAUGGUUGGUUCAACAACGGAGCUGCAGAUUGCUGCAACUGGACCGGAAUCGCCUGCAAUUCUUCCUCUACCGAUCCAGACAACAAAACCAGAAGGGUCACUAAACUGGAGCUCGGGAACAAAAAGCUGUCGGGGAAGUUGUCUGAUUCCAUCGCGAAGCUUGAUCGGAUUAUGGUUCUUAAUCUCUCUCGGAAUUUCAUCAAAGAAUCGAUCCCUCUUUCGAUCUUCGACUUGGUAAACUUACAAACCCUUGAUUUGAGCUCUAACGAUCUCUCCGGAGAAAUCCCAAAGAGCAUAAAUCUCCCAUCGCUGCAAAGUCUUGAUCUUUCCUCCAAUAAACUCAACGGCUCGCUUCCUUCUCAUCUCUGCCACAACUCUACUCGAAUCAAGGUUGUGAAACUGGCGGUGAACUAUUUCGCCGGAGAAUUCCCUUCUGGGUUUGGGAAAUGCGUCUUGCUCGAGCAUCUCUGUCUCGGCAUGAACAAUCUCACCGGUAAUAUCCCUGAAGACUUGUUUCAUCUCAAAAGUUUAAAUCUUUUAGGGAUUCAAGAGAAUGGUCUCUCUGGAUCGUUGAGCCCUUCGAUUAGUAAUCUCUCCAGCCUCGUUCGUCUCGAUGUUUCACGGAAUAGAUUUUCCGGCGAAAUCCCCGAUGUGUUCGACGAAAUGCCUCAGUUAAAGUAUGUAUUAGCUCAGUCCAACAGAUUCAACGGAGGAAUCCCAAAAUCGUUGACGAAUUCAGGGACGUUGAAUCUGCUUAACCUGAGGAACAAUUCGUUAACCGGUCCGUUGCGGUUGAAUUGCACGGCGAUGAUUGCCUUAAACUCUCUUGAUUUGGGUACCAAUAGAUUCAAUGGUCCAUUGCCUGAGAAUCUUCCGGUUUGCAAGCGUUUACAGAACGUUAACCUCGCUCGAAACUCCUUCCAUGGACAAGUGCCAGAGAGCUUCAAGAACUUCCAGAGCCUCUCUUACUUCUCGUUGUCGAACUCUAGUAUCGUUAACAUCUCCUCUGCGCUUAGGAUCCUUCAGAGCUGCAAGAACUUGACGACUCUGGUUCUCACGUUGAAUUUCCAUGGAGAGGUUUUACCAGAUGACUCGAGUCUUCUUCGUUUCGAGAAGCUUAAGGUUCUCGUCGUUGCGAAUUGCAGGCUUACUGGCUCAAUGCCGAGAUGGUUAAGCUCGAGCAGUGAUCUUCAAUUGCUUGAUCUUUCUUGGAACCGAUUAACCGGAGCUAUCCCAAGCUGGAUCGGUGAUUUCAAGGAUCUUUUCUACUUGGAUGUAUCGAACAACUCGUUUACAGGUGAAAUCCCGAAGAGCCUAACUCAGUUAAAGAGUCUCACUAGCAGAAACAUCUCAUUCGAUGAACCAUCUCCGGAUUUUCCUUUCUUCAUGAAGAGGAACGAGAGUGCGAGAGCUUUGCAAUAUAAUCAGAUUUUCGGGUUUCCGCCAACGAUUGAGCUCGGACAUAACAAUCUCUCUGGACCUAUCUGGGAGGAGUUUGGUAAACUCAAGAAGCUUCAUGUGUUUGAUCUGAAAUGGAACCAACUAUCCGGACAAAUCCCUAGCUCGCUUUCGGGUAUGAUAAGCUUGGAAGUUCUUGAUUUGUCUAAUAACCAUCUCUCUGGUUCGAUCCCUGUUUCUCUUCAACAGCUCUCGUUUCUGUCGAAAUUCAGCGUUGCUAGUAACAAUCUCUCGGGAGUAAUCCCUUCCGGUGGUCAGUUUCAGACAUUUCCAAACUCGAGCUUCGAGUUUAACGAUCUCUGCGGGGAACACAGACUCCCCUGUUCUGCAGAUGCAAUGGAUCGUAGCUCUGAUGGAAAACCAAACAAACCGUCAAGAAGAAGCAAAGGAGCUGAGAUUGGGAUGGCGAUUGGGAUCGCGUUUGGCUCUGUUUUCCUUCUCACGCUUCUCGCCUUGAUCGUGUUGCGUGCUCGUAGACGGUCAGGAGAAGUUGAUCCUGAGAUAGAAGAAGAGAGCAUGAAUCGCAAAGAAGUAGAGGAGAUUGGUUCAAAGCUCGUGGUUCUGUUUCAGAACAAUGAUAAAGAUCUCUCCUUUGAUGACCUUUUGGACUCUACGAACAACUUCGACCAAGCUAACAUCAUUGGCUGUGGUGGGUUCGGUCUGGUUUACAAAGCAACGUUACCGGACGGGAGAAAAGUCGCGAUCAAGCGGUUAUCUGGAGAUUGCGGUCAAAUCGAAAGAGAGUUCAAAGCAGAGGUUGAAACACUCUCAAGAGCACAGCAUCCGAAUCUUGUUCUUCUUCAAGGUUUCUGCUUUUACAAAACAGACCGGCUUUUGAUCUACUCGUACAUGGAGAAUGGAAGCUUAGACUAUUGGCUACACGAGCGUAACGAUGGUCCAGCUUUACUAGAUUGGAGAACUCGGCUUAGAAUCGCGCAAGGCGCGGCGAGAGGGUUGUUUUACUUGCAUCAAGCUUGUGAUCCUCAUAUACUACACCGAGAUAUUAAGUCGAGCAACAUUCUUCUUGAUGAGAAUUUCGAUUCUCAUUUAGCAGAUUUUGGACUAGCGAGGCUGAUGAGUCCUUACGAGACGCAUGUGAGUACAGAUUUGGUUGGGACUUUGGGUUAUAUUCCUCCGGAAUAUGGACAAGCCUCGGUUGCUACUUACAAAGGAGAUGUUUAUAGUUUCGGUGUCGUGCUUCUCGAGCUUUUGACGGAUAAAAGACCUGUGGAUAUGUGUAAACCGAAAGGAGGUAGGGAUUUGAUCUCGUGGGUCGUUAGGAUGAAGAAUGAGAAUCGAGCAAGCGAGGUUUUCGAUCCUUUGAUUCACGGUAAAGAGAAUGAGAAAGAGAUGUUACGGGUUCUUGAAGUUGCUUGUUUAUGUUUAAGCGAGAACCCGAAACAGAGACCAACGACUCAAGAGUUAGUGUCUUGGCUUGAUGAUGUCUAGAAGAAGGAGAAACAUUUCUCUCUGCAGAUUUUUUUAAAUCUUGAGAGGCAAAAGUGAUACAUUUUGUAGGGAGUGGUUUUCAUACUUUUGGGAUACAAUGUAAAUAGUUUCCAGAGAAUAAUUUGUUUCUUCGUUUAUUUCAUUUGAAUCUCCCAAUUUGUGAUUCAGGUUCAGAUAUUGAAGAUAAGAGAUAAAACAUACAUUGUCUGAGAAAACUGAAAACUCUUUUUGUAAUUUUUCAGAAAUUAUAAGUUGUUGUGUUUCGAGCAUUUUAUAUAAAACAA